GAAAUCCGAUAGCUCCGUACACACCAUUCAGUCGUAUCUUUCGGUCCUAUCGACUAGUCGAUAAUUCUCAUCGCAAUUAAAUGGAUGUACUUCAGUAUAUAAAUAAAAUAAAGUAAAAUAAGCAAAUCCGCUGGAAUAUGCAAGCGCGUUAGGCGAAAACAAUUGGAAAAUGUGUGCGGGACACCAGGACCGACUAUAGACCGUUUUCCGCGCUGGCUAUGGUGACGAGGGACCACAGAACUGAUAAAUCCUAGGCCGACGCCCACUGAACACAGUUUCCUGUACAGGAGUGUAGUUUUGGAUAAACGCAAUUUUGACAUACCGGAUAGGGCGCUAGCGAACCUCGAACGUAAGCGCAAUGUCACAAGUAAUACCAAACACGCCCACACCCCAAAUGCUGACGACAUCAACGCCCAUAGAACCCAUGAAACCACCACCAGCGUUUCCCACGAUGAGCGGCGCAAACAUACACGAGCAGGCGUCCGAUUUGAUACUGCGGGCCUCCACGAUUUUUGAGGACGUCAAGCACGACCAGGCGAAUGUGGAGAAUGUGCCCCAUCACGGAGUUGAGACUGAGACGGAGGACGACUCGCACUACGGCGGGAACGGCAACUCUAAGAUCCGCAUAAUGCCCAGUGUGAAGCUAAUGGCCACGGCGCUCGCCUCCGAUCCCAAGCGCAAGUUCGUCUGCCCGUAUGACAACUGUACAAAGAGCUACGGCAAGAGCUCCCACCUGCGGUCCCACCUCACCUGGCACACGGGCAUCAAGCCCUUCGUCUGCAGCGAACCCAAGUGUGGCAAGGGAUUCACGCGCUCCGAUGAGCUCAACCGGCACCUCCGGACGCACACCGGCGAGAAGCCCUUCGAGUGCAUCCAGUGCACCAAGAAGUUUUCCCGCAGCGACCACCUCACCAAGCACCUGGCCACCCACGACCGCCAGCUAAAGGGCAGCACCCCGAAGCGAACAGUACCGAGCAGCAGUGGCGGAGUCCGUCUCAAGCCCCCGAAGAAGCAGAUUCAUUCGGAGUCGGACUCGGGCUUCCACUUCAUGGCCGCCAUGGUUGGUUGCGGGGAGCCGAGCAUGGAGCACCACCACCAGCAGCAGCAUAACCAGCACCAGCAGCCCGGGAGCAUUAUCGACAUACACCACAAGCCGAUAAAGAUCAAGCUGGAACGGCCAGAGCACAGCGACAAGUACCAGAUCGUGGCUCCUGAACACCAGAUGGAGAACCAUGGCCAAAACCAGAGCCAGUUGCCCGAUUUCCUUAACCAGGCGAAGCCCGAGGUAAAAUACGAGCCGACCGAAGAAAUUGUAAAUACCCUCUCUCAGCUACCGCCGGCGGACGGACCCGGCACGUACGGAAUGCCCCAGUUCGUCCAGGAUCGGCCCUUCUACUGCCGGCAGUGUGAGAAGCGAUUCAAGCGGCAGGACGACCUUAACCGGCAUAUACGAACGCACACCGGGGAGAAGCCCUACGCCUGUCAGCAGUGCUGUCGUCGGUUUGUGCGGAGCGACCACUUGAAAAAGCACCAGCAGACGCAUUUGAAGAUACGAUAGUUUCAUAGUUACUCCUUAAGUCGCUAGCCAUUGGCAUCCGCAUCCAAUCGAUAUUGGCUACCACACGGGCGUGUGUCGGGUGACGCACACAGUACAAUAAAAUUAAAUAAAUUCGCAAUCUAACUAUAUUCCUAUGCAAGAUCAGCGUCGGCUCUCAAAUCUCAAUUUGUAUGUAUGUAUGUAAAUAAGUCGUAUGCAAUUUAAUUUUAGCUCUAACUGUUUGUGUUUGCCAGAACAUGAAGACAUACAUCUGUAUUUCUGAAAGUCUUGCUGUUUCUUAUUUUCUGGCUACUAAGCUCCCCGUAUCUAUUAAUAUAAUUUAUUUUAGUAAAA